UUUCCAUCACAAUUUUCAGCUUAAGCAAGUAAUGGAUUUGAUUCACGAUUUUCUGAACAUAACACUUAUUUCUUCGAUUUUCUUCGCCUUGCUCUUGCUUGUCCCUCUUUUUUAUGUGUUCAAGUUUUUAUCUUUCCUCUUCAAAAGAUGCAAACCCCAAGAAUCUGUGUCCGGCAAAGUUGUCCUCAUCACCGGAGCCUCUUCAGGAAUUGGCGAGGAAUUGGCUUACGAGUAUGCGAGAAGAGGGGCUCGUUUGGCCCUUGUAGCCAGAAGAGAAGACCGUCUACGUUCAGUGCUUGAUAAAGCUCUUCUUCUGGGUUCGCCGGAUGCUAUCAUCAUUCCCGCUGAUGUUUCCAAUAUUCAAGACUCCCAUCAUUUCGUCGACAAGACCAUCAACCAUUUUGGCCAACUGGAUCACUUGGUGAACAAUGCUGGGAUCGUUCAAGUCAAAUUUUUUGAAGAAUUCUCCGAGAAGUUUUCUGAUUUGACUCCAAUCAUGGACGUGAACUUCUGGGGUUCGGCGUAUGCUGCACAUUUUGCAGUUCCACACUUGAGAAAAAGUAGAGGAAAGAUUGUUGUGAUUUCAUCAACCGCAGCAUGGUACCCCACUCCAGGGCUGAGCUUCUACAAUGCAAGCAAAGCAGCAAUGAUAAGCUUCUUCGAAACAUUGAGGGCUGAAUUCGGUGCUGAUAUUGGGAUAACCAUAGUGACUCCGGGAUUAAUCAAGUCAGAAAUUGCUACGGACGAAUACAAGUCACAAAUUAAAGCCGAGACUUUGCCAACCGAAUCUGCAGAAAGGUGUGCAGCGGCCAUUGUAAAGAGUGCCUGUCAGGGUGAUUUGUAUUUGAUUGAACCAUCAUGGUUUAGAAUUGGAGUGUGGUUGAAGUGGUUUUUUCCGGGUCUAUUGGAGUGCUUGUUCUACUUUAGGUUUGUGAAGAUGCAUGCCAACUGAUGCUGCUGCGAAGACAAACAGUCAUGAAUUUUUAUGAAGUGUGUGCUACCAUUUUCUGAUGUUUGAACGUGCGAAUGUGCUGCUAUAUAUUUUAUCUGACACCGACCAUAAUCUGACAGCGAUUGCUGAUAAGUCUAUGUCUCUGGGCCUGUUUGUCAAGUUUGUAAACGGAUUGUUGAUGAAAAAGUGUUAAGUUCUUUUCAA